AUGGCCGACGCAUUGGGGCCUGUGGACACUUCGUACAGCGGCGACUCGCUGAUGGGCGUGUCGAUCGCCAUAGCCGUGCUGCAGGUGUUGAUAGUUGCUCUGCGGUUCUACGCCCGCUAUGUACAGCGAGUCGCGCUCGCAUUAGACGAUUAUCUGAUCAUUCUGGCGCUGAUUGCCAGUCUCGGCCAGUCCGCGCUGUACAUUGUCUUGCUCAAGGUCGCGGGCCUGGGAUACCACCUUUCAUAUGUCGCGCAGCAUCCGGAGAAACUCGUCGCUCUACAAAAGGGCCUCGUCGCGAACCAAAUCCUCGAUUUCCCCUUCACCGUCACGCCCGCCAAGAUCUCCAUCCUGCUGUUCUACGUGCGCAUCUUCAGCACCAACAAGUUCCGCAUCCUCGCCGGCAUUGUCGGGGCUAUCGUGCUCGGCCACGGAAUUGGCGUGUUCUUCGCCGCCAUCUUCCAGUGCUCGCCCGUGCAGUAUGCCUGGAACAAGAAUAUCCCGGGCGGGACUUGUUUCGACCAGCAGGCCUUUUAUCGCUACGUCUCGCCGCCGAAUAUCCUGACCGACGUGCUCAUACUCAUCAUGCCGCUGCCGUUCGUCUGGAAGCUGCACACGCGCCUGACGCAGAAACUCGCGUUGACGGGCGUGUUUAUCCUCGGAGGGCUAGGCACCGUGGCGAGCAUCCUGCGCAUGACCAUCUUCUUCCAGGAAAGCGCCUUGACGGACCCAACCUGGGCCUCGGUCAACCUAGGCAUCUGGACAGUCCUAGAAGGCGGCAUCAUCAUCAUCGCAGCCUGUCUGCCGUCGAUCUGGCCGCUGAUCGUGCGGAUUCUCCCGCGCGGACUGAUGAGCAAGGCGUCCUCGCAGAACCGCGGGCACCGGUACACGACUAGCCACGUCAAGCCCAAGGGGCCGGACGGGUUCUCCCGGCUGGGCGAGCAUGCGACCGGCGAGACGGAUCAAUGGCCCCUGGACGCGAAUCCUUCGCUGGAGAACCAGAGCCUGUCCACCCACGGGCCAACGCUCGUCAAUGCGGAGAGCAUCUCCCUUCGGAGUAUGAAUGAAGUCCGACAGGAGCCGAGAUUUCAUGAUCGGUGA